AUGCAUGACAACAUAACAGAUAGACCAAGGGGUUUUGGUUUUAUCACUUUUGAUUCUGAAGAUUCUGUUGAACAAGUUAUGCAAAAAAAUUUCCAUGAAUUAUGUGGGAAGCUUGUGGAGGUCAAAAAGGUUGUACCAAAAGAUGAUAACUGUGGUGUUGGUGGUGGGAGUGGAAUCAACAAUUACCUCUCUGGUGGGAAUGGAAUAGGCAAUUACUUUGUUUCUGUUUACGGUGGUUAUCCUUAUGGUUAUUAUCGAGGGUUUAACUAUGCAGCCUCCAUCCACACCUUUCAAUUCCGCAUCUGA